GUUUAAUUAUUUCAUAAAAAAAUAAUACUGAUUUCUUAUGCCUGCAAGAAUUUCUACCUUCAGCGCUUAUUUAAAGGGCCAUCAUGCUAACACCAACUCUAGCCAAGAUAAUCGUGUUCCCUUCUAGCAAAGAGCACCAUAUCAAUACAAUGGAUGCAAGAUUAUUAGAGGCUGCUCAAUGUGGAGACAUCAAUUACUUACAACAACUGCUGAGAGAAAACCCACUCAUCCUUGACAGCAUUGCACUGUUGUCCACUGAGAAUCUCCUUAAUGUCGCUCUGGUAACUGGAAACGUUAGCUUUGUCAAGGAGGUUAUAAGGUUAAAGCCUCAUUUUGCCAAAGAAUUAAAUCAAGAUGGCUUUAGCCCCAUGCAUAUGGCAGCAGCUAAUGGCCAUGUAGAGAUUGUAAAGGAGCUGAACGAAGUUAACCCCAACCUUUGCCGGUUAGAGGGAAGAGAACAAAGGACUCCUCUUCAUUACGCAGCCAUCAAAGGGAGGGUUGAGGUAAUCAGCGUUUUGCUUGGCAGUUGUCCUGAAUGUAUCGAUUCUGUGACAGUUGAAAGAGAGACUGCUUUGCAUCUUGCUGUUAAGAACAACCAAUUUCAAGCAACAAAGACAUUGGUAGAGUGGAUCAGAGAAAAUAACAGGGAUGAUGUGUUCAAUAUGAUAGAUGAACAAGGCAGUACAGUCCUGCACCUCGCAAUCUGGAAAAAACAACGCCAGGUGAUAGAAUUGUUACUUGACAACAGAACAAGUCCAGGCUCACUGGAAGUAAAUGCCAUGAACCAUUACGGCCUCACUGCGCUAGAUGUGCUACUAAUGUCCCCAAGUGAAGCAGGUGAUCGAGAAAUUGUUGAGAUGCUUCUAGAUGCUGAAGCUAUGAGAGGAAGAGAUAUUACCCUUUCAAACAUUCCUUAUAAUCAAACCUUUACCAACAGCCCCACAGCCCCAGAAACAGAUCGAUCACAGCUAGGUGGCAUGGUAGAGUACUUCAAGUUUAAGAGGGGUAGAGACUCUCCAAGCACAGCUCGCAGCACACUACUAGUUAUAGUUGUUCUGGUUGCAACUGCCACAUUCCAAGUUGGUGUUAACCCUCCAGGAGGUGUCUGGCAAGAUACAUACACAACAGGCCAGAACAAUAACACCAGCAACAUCAAACCACACAAUGCAGGUGAGUCCGUUUUGGGCACAACAAAUUUAAUUGCAUUUGACCUCUUCGUGUUUUUCAAUACUGUGGGGUUUUCAGUGUCCCUCUUCAUGAUCACCAUCCUGACAAGCAGAUUCCCCUUACAGUUUGAACUGCAAAUAUGUUUGGUUGCAAUGUAUUUACACCUAAAAUAA